AUGUCAUGGGCUUCCCUUUUGGGUAGCGGCUCCACGAAACAAAGCCAGCUCUACAUCUGGGCCGCCUGGCACAAGUCAUUCUCCAAAGAGACGAAUGAUGACCUCUGGAGUCUUUUACUCUGGUCUUUCGAAUCGUUGUGGUCCGGCGUUUUCCCGAAAAAAGACUGGCGAGGAUAUGAUUUCGAUCCCCACAGUCCCGAGGGACAGCGAGCUGGCCAAUACCUCGCGGACGGCUAUAGAGCUGUCUUGGUGGCAAGCUGUGGAGACCUGGACUACAUGGCACAGUUCCAGGGCCUUCCCCGGUGGAAUUCCAAUUCCCCUUGUUGCUUGUGCCAGUGCCAGAAAAAAGGAGACCGCAGCUGGCACUGCUUUGCGGCCGAUGCCGCAUGGAGGACAACUCUGUGGACCCCUGCUGCUUGGAAAGCAUGGCCGAGCCGAAGCACGAACAAGAUGUUCCAGAAGGACCUCUACUCUGUGCUCGUGGUCCAUUUUGACCUGAUGCAUUGCCGGUACCUUGGCUAUCUCCAGCAGCUGUAUGGGUCGGUUUUUUGGGUCCUCUGUGAGGAGACGAUGCAGGGGAGUCCAAGCGACAAUCUGCAUGAACUCUGGAACUUUCUGAAGACAUACCAAUCCACCCACAAGGUGCACAGCCCGUACUCCCAGAGGCUGAACAAGGUCAGCAUGUACAAGAAGAAGACCGACUAUCCGAAGCUUCGUGGAAAAGCGGCGGAGAUCAAGGACAUGGCAGCAGCCGUGCGGGCAAUGUGGGCUCAUUUUGGUGUUCCUGGUCAGGACUUCCAAGAGAUUGGGUUACUCCUGGAUUUGACAUGCAAGUUCGAGGAGAUACUGGAGUAA